AUGGCCGAAGGAAUUGACACCUUGCGAUCCCUGUACUCGCGUUCGGGGAAGUCUUAUUCCGACGGCCCUUCUUCGAACACAGCGGGUGGGUCUCGUCAUACUGCUCGACGAGACCAAAGACAUCAACAUAUAGCUGGACACGAGGCUCCCAGCUGUCCCACGCUGGUGAAUAGCCACGCCAGCGGACGAGGUAACUCGUCCGGACGCCAUUCACAUCGCGGUGGUUCAAGAUACGCUCCACUAAGAAGCUUUGACCACCGCUUGAGUCCACCAAAGGAUGUGGUGGUGGCGGGGGCACCUGAUCUGGCUCCAGGGUCGGAUCAAGUUGAUGUUCAAGAGCUGAACCGUCGAACGGAACAGCUGCAGGAUGAACUGGCUCAUGAACGCUCUCGGCUUUAUGGACUUGAGGAUCUUGUAAGGAAUAAUUGCAAUUCCAUCACGAACGAUCUUUCGGACGAUCGUGCCGCUUUUGCGUUCGCGCAGCUUGAGAACGAACGUUCGACUCGUUCUCUUCGUGAUGAGCUGGCUGCUGCUCGUCGAGACAUCGCUGAGCUGCGUGAGCAGGUCGCUUCGCUAUUCUACUAG